AUGGGCCCCUGUACCACCUCCCCCAUGCUGCUGCCAGGCCUGUAAUCUGCCAUGGGCCCCCCUACCGACUCCUCAUGCUGCUGCCAGGCCCGUAAUCUGCCAUGGGCCCCUGUACCGCCUCCUCAUGCUGCUGCCAGGUCCAGAGUGUGUCAUGGGGUCCCUGUACGGCCUGCCCAUUGCUGCUGUCUCUAUCGCCACACUCUGCCAUGUGCCACUUUCAGGUCUCCUCACACUGCUGGUGGUUUCCAUCCAUUUUUUGUCAUAGGGUGCUGCAUGGCCUCCCAUUGCUGCUGCCUCCACCGCCACACUGUGGCUCCACACUCUGGUUUUGGCCCCGUGACUGGCCAAAUGAGUGAAGUGUGCGGUGAUUCUAAGAUCGACGGCACUCAAUCUGCAUGUCAUACUGCCUGACAGUAUUAUUUCUCUUCCCCAGCAGACUCCAAGGGCAUUUAAAUUAAAGGUACAGUGUUCAGCACUAAUAUUA